CCGGGGGGACACUGUGGGGACAUCAGGGGACACCGGGAGACAGCGGGUGAACACCGUGGGGAUACCGGGGGAUACCGGAGGACACAGCGAGCCACCGGGAGCCAGCGGGUGAGCACCGGGGGGACACCGGGACCCCGCUCCGCGCUGCACCGCGCCCCUCCCGUCCCGUCCCGUCCCGGGCGGGGGCCGCAGGUGAGCCCGGGGCGGGAGCGGAGCGGGGCCCCGGGGUGCCCGGUGCCGCCGGGCGCGGAGCCACCAGGAACUGCCCCGGGUUUUCCUGCCCGUCCCGUCCCAGCGCGGGGCCGGGGCCGGGCGCGGCGGGGCGCAACUCGGGGACCCCGGCCCGGUAUCGGUUCUGCUUUCGGGGGAGGCGGCGAUUUCGCAGUAACGGGGGGCGGGUGCCACCUGCCCCGGGGAUUCCCCACCUGCCGCCGCCGCCCCAUAAAGAGCCCGGUGGCGGCUCCGGUGGCGGCACCGUCUCGCCAUGGCCCCGCUCCGUCUCCUCUGCCUCUGCCUCCCGGCUCUGCUGCUGCUGCUGCUGCCGGCGCCGCCGGUCUCUGCGGCUCCGGCCCCGGUCCCGGCCCCGGGCACCGACUGGGCCGCCUGUAAGGACCUCUCCCGGGAGCUGUCGCGGCUGCUGGGGACGCUCAAGGAGCCGCACUCGGAGCCGAACCGGGUGCAGAUCGCUGUGGAGGACCCCGAGGGGGAUUGUGCCACCCGCAUCCGCUGCAGCGACGCCUGCGACCCCCCCACGCUGGACACGAACAACACGCGCUGCCUGCGCCGGAUCCUGCAGGGGCUGCAGCACUACCGGGACCUGCUGGGCUCCGAAAUCUUCAAAGACAACCGCCUGCCGCAGCUCGUGGCCACGCUGGACCGGCUGCUGGGGGUCGUGCAGCAGGCACCCGGCCGCCCCUGCCAGGCUCCCACCACCCCAACCUGGGCCGAGCCGCUGCUGCCACAUCUGCGGCACCAAGCGCUCGAGCGGCUGCAGUCCUUCACCACCGUCAUGAGCCGCGUCUUCACCUACAGCGCCAGAACCCACUGACGCCGCCCGCCCUGGGCUCCCCCUUAUUUAUUCCCCCCUCCUCCCUGAGGGGCUAUUUAUGUGCCGUGCUCCCUAUUUAUCUGGGGUAUUUAUGGGUUUCUAAUAAAGGGCUGAA